UCCCCGCCGCGCCGCCCACGAGACGCGACACCGUGAUCGGGACCGCAUGUUCUAGGGUCGCGUCGACGGUCAUGGCCUAUCCUCCGCCAAAUCCAGGGUAUCCUGGUUAUCCUCCACCGUCUGGAUUAGUAGGGGGGUACCCUCCGCAGCAGUCUUCUCCAUGGGCUCCAGGAGGAGGCCCUGCUCCCUACCCCUCCCAGCCACCGUCCAUGCCAACACCCGGAGGAGGAGGACAACUAGGAUUUGGUUCAGCUCCGGCACCAAGAUACCCUUCCCAGGGCGUCGGUCCUUCGUACCCACCAUUCCCCUCCUUCCAACCCCCACCUUCCACCUACCCUCCCCCUCCCUCCUCCACCUACCCUCCUCCUCCCUCCACCACCUACCCCCCUGGCCCCCCGGCCCCCUCACAGUACCCCUCCGGACUCCCUCCAGCUCCAUUUACCUCGCCACCGCAAGGAGGUGGUUAUCCCUCGUCAGCUGGAGGGUUUACUCCACAACCUAUCCCAUCAGUGGCGGGAUUUACUCCGCAGCCUACUCCCGGGGGUUAUCCUCAGCCGACUCUGGGGGGCUAUUCGCAAUAUUCGACCCCACAGGCUCCCCCGGGGGGCUACCCAUCCCAGCCUCCCUCGGGUGGCUACCCGUCCCAGCCUCCCCCGCAGGCCAAUUGGUGAUAGGAUAACUGGACAUGGCUACCUUAGAAUGGGUGCAUUUUCGGAAGCGAGUGCAGCAAACACACUCUACAGUUGAUAUAAUUAUAGUAACCAUUGAACUGCUGUACAUUUACGCAAGAUAUAACAGUUACUUAUACCGUUUUAUGGAACUUGAAUUAUUGCAGACCAAUACGUGCCCGUGAAAGAUCACAAAAAGUAUGCACCACAAAAAAGUUGGCCGAAAACGUGAAACGUAUAACAACAACAACAACAAUUUGUGAAACCCCAAACUAUGCACAAAGUUUGGCGAACAGACCACAUUUGUGAAGCUUUGUGAAGACUUGGUACUCAGAAAAGGUGCUAUGUCAGUUGCAGCCUCCACCAACUGACCAGAUGGCAGCUACGAGUGUUAGCAGUCAGCAGAAGACCACCUCUUCAACUAAAUCCCCUGCCCCCCUCAUCCUCCUCCUCUUCUUCUUCUGUCACUGCUUCCAAACAGGUGCCUAUGAGAGGAACUGUCAAGCCCCACUCUCCAUUCAGUGCAGAGGAUGAUGCCAGGAAACUGAGGAGCGCAAUGAAGGGACUAGGUACGGACGAGAAGGCCAUCAUUAGCGUCCUGGCCUACCGCUCCAGUGACCAGAGACAAGAAAUCAAGAUCAAAUUCAAGUCAAUGUUUGGUCGGGACCUGAUAUCUGACGUGAAGAGUGAGUUGAGUGGACAUCUCGAAGAGGUCGUGUUGGGACUAAUGAUGACUCCACAAGAGUACGACGCAGCUGCCGUCUACAACGCCAUCAAG